CUCUCCCAAAUUUCUUUUGCUCUAUACACACCCUGCCUUUGUCUGUGGAAGACAGCCGUCGAUCUGAGCGAAGGCGUUCGCCGUCUUGGUGAGGGACAGAGGUCUAGGCAGAAGACGCCGUCGAUCUGAGCACUCUCUUUUUCCUAUUUCGAUUUCUUUACUCAUCGCAGCUCCAGGGUUCGCAAGCCCCCUUCUCCCCAAUUUCAUUUGCGUUGCAUCCUGCCUUCACCAAUGGAGGACCCACCGUCGGUCUGAGCGCCGUGGAUUCUUAGAGUCUGUACUAGGCAGGAAGAUCAAUAUGGUGAUGUUUUUUGAUACCUCCUCUCUGGAACCUUUAAUAAUUCAAAAGCACGAUGGGGACCCUUAAAGCCACAUGACAUUGCUCUUUUCAAGUUUGGCGGAUACAUGGCUAAUCAUUCUUUAGUUUUUAAUGAUGCUCCUCUCGAUUUAGCAGUUCAUCCAUUAGUCAUUGGGCAAGAGUUUCCUGAUGUGGAGACCUGCAGAAGAACAAUGAAAGAUGUCGCAAUUGCUAUGCAUUUUGAUCUUCGUAUAGUAAAAUCUGAUCGCAGUCGUUUUAUAGCAAAAUGCUCUAAAGAAGGGUGCCCUUGGCGUGUUCACGUAGCAAAAUGUCCAGGUGGUCCAACUUUUACUGUGAGAACACUACAUGGAGAGCAUACAUGCGAGGGAGUUCACAACCUUCAUCAUCAGCAGGCAUCGGUGGGUUGGGUUGCUAGAUCUGUUGAGGCUCGAAUUCGAGAUAAUCCACAAUAUAAACCAAGGGAAAUCCUUCAAGAUAUUCGUGAUCAGCAUGGAGUUGCUGUUUCUUACAUGCAAGCUUGGCGCGGGAAGGAGCGAAGCAUGGCUGCCCUUCAUGGAACAUUUGAAGAAGGCUACCGACUGCUUCCUGCUUACUGUGAGCAAAUAAGGAAAACAAACCCUGGUAGUAUUGCAUCUGUGGUUGCCACUGGACAAGAAAAUAGUUUCCAACGCCUCUUUAUUUCUUACCGUGCCUCAAUUUAUGGGUUUAUAAACGCCUGUAGGCCACUUUUAGAGCUAGACAAAGCACAUCUUAAGGGAAAAUACUUGGGAACAUUACUUUGUGCUGCAGCUGUUGAUGCUGAUGAUGCUUUGUUUCCUUUGGCAAUAGCUGUUGUUGAUGGUGAAAGUGAUGAAAAUUGGAUGUGGUUUAUGUCAGAACUACGAAAGCUUCUAGGAGUGAACACCGAGAACAUGCCUAGACUUACAAUACUCUCUGAAAGGCAGAAGGGCAUUGUAGAGGCAGUAGAAACACAUUUUCCAAGUGCUUUUCAUGGCUUUUGUCUACGUUAUGUUAGUGAAAAUUUCCGCGACACAUUCAAAAAUACAAAAUUGCUGAACAUCUUUUGGAAUGCUGUUUAUGCCCUUACAGCUGCUGAAUUUGAGAGUAAGAUUGCUGAGAUGAUAGAAAUUUCACAGGACGUUAUACCAUGGUUUCAAGAUUUUCCUCCCCAACUUUGGGCUGUGGCAUACUUUGAGGGUGUUCGAUUUGGGCAUUUCACGCUGGGAGUGACAGAGUUGUUGUAUAACUGGGCCCUUGAAUGUCAUGAGCUCCCUAUAGUGCAGAUGAUGGAACACAUUCGCCAGCAGAUUGCAUCUUGGUUUAAUGAACGCCAAGAUAUGGGCAUGAGGUGGACAUCGAUGCUUGUACCAUCUGCUGAGAAGCGGAUUUUGGAAGCACUUGCUGAUGCUCACUGCUAUCAAGUGCUCCGAGCUAAUGAAGUUGAGUUUGAGAUUGUGUCUACAGAGAGGACGAAUAUUGUGGAUAUAAGAAGUCGAGUGUGUUCUUGUCGCCGUUGGCAGCUGUAUGGUUUACCUUGUGCACAUGCUGCUGCAGCACUUAUUUCUUGUGGGCACAAUGCUCAUCUUUUUGCCGAACCUUGCUUCACAGUAAAAAGUUACAGAGUGACCUAUUCGCAGAUGAUAAAUCCUAUUCCGGACAAGAGUCAAUGGAGAGAACUUGGGGAAGGAGCAGAAGGUGGAGGUGCCAAGGUGGACAUCAUAAUACGACCACCAAAAACUCGUAGACCACCUGGGAGGCCUAAAAAGAAGGUCCUUAGGGUGGAGAACUUCAAACGUCCCAAAAGAGUUGUUCAGUGUGGUCGUUGCCAUAUGUUAGGACAUUCUCAAAAGAAAUGCAUGAUGCCCCUUUGACAACAUUUACUUGUUUUUCCCCAACUUUACCUCUUCAUUUUGUUGUUUUAGGUAUUCAGAUUUCUGAAGGCCAAAUAGAAUGAAUCUAGUGUUUCUGUUGUAAUUUAUAUGUAUGCCUUAAGCCACUAUUCAGGGUAGCUUCGUGGCAUUUCUAUGUAUGGAUAGGGAAUGAUAGUGUUGCUCUGGACAGAAUUAUUUGUAUAAAGCUGCAGCAAACAUUUUUAUUGUAAUGUUCUUCUAAAGAUGAAUCUUCGAGAUUGACUCA